ACGCUUAGCUUCGCUUGACGGUGGGGGCUUGGUUGGUAGAGGCUGGCUGGCUUGGAAAGUUUGUCGACAGCAGUUAAGGAUCCCAGUGGGGAUGCCACAUCAGAAAAGCUUUGAUAUCUUGAUAGCUGUUUAGCCGCCCGGAAACGCAGGCAGGCCGACCCGAGUGCACUGUGGAGCCGGUUGAAGCCGGUCGGGGAUGCGGUACCUUUUAGCAGGAUGCCGCGGCGUUUGACAUCCGCUUGUUAAUAAGAACCAAGCAGCCUGCAAGCUGCAGCUAGCCCGCUGUCAUGUUCAUGCACUAAAACACAGCAUAAUUUAUGUGCUAAUGCAGUGAUUCCCAACCAGUGAGCCAUGAGAGAUCAUCAGAGACCUAAAGGACAGGGAAAUAAAGUGCAAAACGGAUCAAUGCAUCAAAAGGACAGAGUGAACGAUGAUGACUUUGAGCCUUACAUAAGCAGCCAGACAAAUCAGGGUAACAGCUACCCACCAAUGUCUGAUCCCUACAUGCCCAGUUACUAUGCGCCGUCUAUUGGAUUCCCGUACUCUCUGGGAGAGGCCGCCUGGUCCACUGCAGGGGACACGCCUAUGCCCUACCUGACCACCUACGGACAGAUGAGCAAUGGCGAGCCGCACUUCAUCCCCGACGGUGUGUUCAGCCAGCCCGGUGCCUUGGGGAACACGCCUCCCUUUCUGGGGCAGCACGGUUUCAACUUCUUCCCCGGCAACGCUGACUUUUCCACCUGGGGUACCAGCGUGUCCCAGGGUCAGUCCACGCAGACGUCCGUCUACAGUAACAGCUACGGCUACGCGCCCAGCUCGCUGGGCCGGGCCAUCGCCGACGGACAGGCCGGCUUCGGGAGCGACACACAGCUCAGUAAGAUGCCGGUGUUGAACAGCAUCGAGCAGAGCAUGGCGGGGCUCAAACUGGGUACGGACAUGGUUGCGGCCGUCACUAAAACUGUGGGCGCGCCCUUAGGGGGCACCGUGGGAAUGAGCAGCAUGGCAGCAAAUAACCUUCCGCCUUCCGUGAGCUCGUCCGCAGGUAAACCGGCCUCGUGGGCAGCCAUCGCCAAGAAGCCGGCCAAGCCACUACUCAAGGCUCAGCCCAAAGCCACCAUGGGGAUAUUGGGCGCCGCGAUUCCUCCGCCGCCCAUAAAGCACAACAUGAACAUUGGUACCUGGGAUGAUAAGGGUGGGCUGAACAAGCCGCCAUUAGCUCAGACGAUGAUGCCUACGCCACCUCUGGUACAGCAGCCUCUUCUCGCUCAGCCCCCGGCCUUACUGCAGAACCCUUUGUCCCAUCAGCCUCAGCCUCAGCACCAGCACCAGCACCAGCCCUUCCACCUCCAAUCCCUCCAGUCCCCACAACACCCUCAGUCCCUCCCGCCCGGCCCCCUGCACCUUUCCUCUCACCACGGCCCCCCGCAAGCCCUCCAUCAGCAUCAACCCCAGCAGCCCGGCCCGCCGCCCAACCGCUGGGUGGCUCCCAGGAACCGGGUCGACGGCUUCGGCAUGGGUGUCGGCAUCCCGCCGCAUGCCUCGCUGUGCUUGGGCGAAGUGCACCCCGUGCUGGAGAAACUGCGCGCUCUCAACAACUACAACCCCAAAGAGUUUGACUGGAACUUGAAAAACGGACGCGUUUUCAUCAUCAAAAGCUAUUCGGAAGACGACAUCCACCGCUCCAUCAAGUACUCCAUCUGGUGUAGCACAGAACACGGCAACAAGCGUCUGGACGGGGCCUACCGCUCGCUGGGCGGCAAGGGGCCCUUGUAUCUGCUGUUCAGCGUCAACGGCAGCGGGCACUUCUGUGGCGUGGCCGAGAUGCGCUCGCCGGUGGACUACAACGCCUACGCCGGUGUCUGGUCUCAGGAUAAGUGGAAGGGCAAGUUCGAGGUGAAGUGGGCUUUCAUCAAGGACGUGCCCAACAACCAGCUGCGACACAUCCGACUGGAGAACAACGACAACAAGCCUGUGACCAACUCCAGGGACACUCAGGAGGUGCCCCUAGAGAAGGCCAAGCAAGUGCUUAAAAUUAUCGCUACUUACAAGCAUACCACCUCAAUAUUUGAUGACUUUGCACAUUAUGAGAAACGCCAGGAGGAGGAGGAGGCUUUGAGGAAGGAACGCAGUCGAAAUAAACAGUAACCCUCAAGCAAACGAGACGUGCGACACUAAUGAUGUAUGACCUUAAAAACAACAACAAAAGUUGCUUAACCACGAGGAGGACAAGAAACGUAUCAUCGCAACACCUGAUGUGUGUAUUUCUAUUUCAAAGUCACCUGCUUUGAAAAAGCACUUUCAUCCCCGUCACUGUUUUAACUUUGUUUGCAACUAACUGACUAAUCAGCUCAGUCGCCAUGUUUUUAUUUUUAUUUGUAAUCAUUUUAGCCUCUCGUUAGGAAUCAGUAUUCAGGUGAGUUAAUUAGGGAAGCACAAUCAUGUCAAUAAGAGGAUAUAUUAACCCGCAUACCAAAAGAAUGCGACGACAGGCUCAUCUUUGUUUUUGUUUUUUUUCUCUCGCUCUUGUGAUUCUUAAGUGCUUUUUGUCUUCAGAGAAUGUGACCGACUCACUAGCGACUAUUAAAAAAAAGAAAAGGAAAAAAAAGAGCCGUGUUUAGCGAAAAAAAAACAACUUGUGUUUGUCUUUAUUUGGACAAAGUUGAAUGAAUUGAGGCGGCACGGUGGCCGACUGGUUAGAGCGUCAGCCUCACAGUUCUGAGGACCCUGGGUUCAAUCCCCGGCCCCGCCUGUGUGGAGUUUGCAUGUUCUCCCCGUGCCUGCGUGGGUUUUCUCCGGGCACUCCGGUUUCCUCCCACAUCCCAAAAACAUGCAUUAAUUGGAGACUCUAAAUUGCCCCUUAGGCAUGACUGUGAGUGCGAAUGGUUGUUUGUUUCUAUGUGCCCUGCGAUUGGCUGGCAACCAGUUCAGGGUGUACCCCGCCUCCUGCCCGAUGACAGCUGGCAUAGGCUCCAGCACGCCCGCGACCCUAGUGAGGAGAAGCGGCUCAGAAAAUGGAAGGAUGGAUGGAUGAAUGAAUUGACAAUCAUGCUACAACACAGGGUUAUAAAAAGCUACCUUUAUUAUUUUUGCUCAGAUUAAGUAGCAAUUACGCGGCACGGUGGCCGACUGGUUAGAGCGUCAGCCUCACAGUUCUGAGGUGCGGGGUUCAAUCCCCGUCCCCGCCUGUGUGGAGUUUGCAUGUUCUCCCCGUGCCUGCGUGGGUUUUCUCCGGGCACUCCGGUUUCCUCCCACAUCCCAAAAACAUGCAUUAAUUGGAGACUCUAAAUUGCCCGUAGGCAUGACUGUGAGUGCGAAUGGUUGUUUGUUUCUAUGUGUCCUGCGAUUGGCUGGCAACCAGUUCAGGGUGUACCCCGCCCCUUGCCCGAUGACAGCUGGGAUAGGCUCCAGCACCCCCGCGACCCUAGUGAGGAGAAGCGGCUCAGAAAAUGGAUGGAAGUAGCAAUUACAAUUUUGUCAAAUUGAAAGCCACGAAUGACGAACGACAGCUGCUGGCAUUAUCCGCCUCAGCUAUUUUUUUGAAACACUUAAUUAGUGAAAAUUGUUACCACAAUUGAAAUGUCUUAGAAUGACAAAUAAUACUAAAAAUAAUAAUCAUUGUGUUUUUUUUUAAACCCAUCCAUUUAAAGCCUAAUGGAAAGACCAUUGUGCUAAAAUUGUUGAAAAAAGUUAAACAAAAUAGCUAUCCUCAAAACUGAAAUUAUAUUAAUUGUCACUUGUAUUAAAUAAAGUAUUUGUUCUUAAUCGGCACAAUCCAAUUGCAUAAUAAUAAUAAAAUAAAAUCACAUGAGUGAAUAUGUAUAUACAGUAUAUUUUAUUUGCUUUUUUUGCAUCAAAUAGUUUAGAUUUGUGUACAUUUAUACAUGUACAGUAUAUCCAUUAUAUUUUCCAUUCCAUUUUAUAGUCCUUAAAGAAAAUCUAAUUAAAUCAAAAUGCGUAUUUUGUUCUAUUUUACAUUUUAUUGUAUGUAAUGAAAAAAUGGCCCACAUUGUUUUUUUAAUCUAAUUGCAUCUAAAUUUUUUUGGGUGUAUUUGUAUUCUAUUUUACAUUUUUUAUUGUAUUAAGUGAAUCUAAAUAUUUUAUGUUUAACAAUCCAAUGAAAAUAUUACACAUAUACUGAACAAAAAUAUAAAAGCAACACCUGAUUUAGCUACCAUUUUUUUCCAUGACCUAAAUAAAGAGUGUUGUACACGUGAGCAUUUCUCCUUUGCCGAAAUAAUCAAGAUGCUGAUUAGCGAGCAUGAUUAUUGCACAGGUGUGCCUUUACACUGGCCACAUUAAAAGGCCACUGGAAAAAGCGCAGUUUUUCUACGUCCGUUUAUUAUUCUAUGUAAUGUAGUUGUCGUACAAUUCAAUGAUAUUUUGCGUUUUUCCAAGUGUAAUUUCACUCAACAAACCCCAUGUCCCCACUAGAGGACGCCAUCCGUCAGCUAUUAUCUUCCUUCCAAUGGCCUCAGUGGUCAAACAAAAAGCCUCUCCAAUACGCAGCAAGGCACUCUCCUUCUUGAGCCCUCCAACUUCUCUAGAGCCAAUUAACCAGGAGGAGAAGCACUUGUUGUGCCUCCACAGCCCCCCCCCCCCCCAGCUUUAUUAAUGCCAGCUCACCAAAGCUGUUUAGCGAGCGCGGGAGGAGUGAGAAAAUCUCCCAUUAUGUGCGUCUGGGGGGGGGUGAAGAAAGAGCUGUAAUUAUAACAUGCAGGCUUUUGGAUUGGCGACUUGUGUUAACUUGUGCAUCGACCAGGUUUUCUCAGGGGAAAGAAAAAACACUUUUGCUUUCGUCUGUGAACACAACAGACACACUUGAGCGGGGAACUUGCUGUUUAUUCGCCCAACAGUCACGCUGAGAUGCGUGUAAGAAAAUUAAUUAAAGAACUCUCGUGUUAUGUGGCUUUUUACCAACAAGUCACUUAUGUGAUUUGAACAGGAAAACGCACGCUUUAGCUAAGUAAUGGAAACCUUUCCAAGCAAUUUUUGGCCAUUGCCUCAUCAUACAAACACAUUUAAAAAAAGUAAUUGCAUAUCUGGAAUUCCCUCAAGUCCUUUAAUUUGAGGUAUGACUCAAUAUGGUUUGUUGAAGAUGAAAUGUUGUCUUUGUAGUGCAUCAAAAACAGCAGUGACCUUUUACAGCAAAAACAACCCAAACCUGUUUAUUGGAUGAAUACCAUACAACUGGAAAGCCCUCAUUAGGAAUUUAAUUUGAGGUAUGGCUCGAUACGGUUUGUUGAAGAUAGAUUUUUGCCAGAGACCUUUUCAAAGAAAGAAAGAAAAAACAAACCCAAACAAACAUGUUUAUUGGCUUUAUACUCCACAUCUGGAAACUCAUUAAGGCUCAGUGACAUUUUUAAGCAAAAAAAUAAACUUUUUGGUGUGAUUCCAUCAUUGUAGAAGCACAUAUGUGGAAACACAUCAUUGAGUUCUAUAAUUUGUGACAUGACUCGCUAUGGUUUGCUGACAACCGAUUUGCACGCUAUAUUUCCAACUAUUGUUGUCCAUAUAGGUUUUUUCCCCCCUCCAGAAUUGUCUCAUUUUUUAACAUUUUGUGUUGGAGAUGGGGGCACUGGAAUGGAAUAGGAUCAGAAUCGCCAGAGUUGCGGUUUCCCCCUUUUUUUUUUUUUUUUUUUUUUUUUUUACCCUGACUGGAUCAGAACAUCCACUUAAGUCCCAUUUUGUCACUAAUGAAAAAAGGUUAGUCACAGCAAUAAUAAUAAUAAAAAGGCAAGACAAGGUUAAACGUGGUGGCUUGGCACUCCCCGCGGUUUCAAGGCGCUAAAUUAAGACGUAAAAUCGGACGAAAUGAUCAGCAGGCUUUUUAUUUCACGCUCCGGGAAAAAAGGAAAGCAAGAAAGUCUGGUUUUGAUUGACAGCUUGGUGCCAUUUGUGAGGCUUUCUGUUGCCAUGGUUACUUCAUUACAAGUGCAAGAGAAGCCGUGCAGCCUUUUUCGCUAUGCUACGCACACACAAAAAGAUCAUUUGUCACCUAAUAUUUGCUUUAAAUGUAUCAAUGCAAAGCACUGGAUUAGGAUUUUAGUAAUGAAUAUGUCGUACACGUGUGGCUGUAUUUGCACGAAAAAAAUUAUUCAUUUCACACUGCUAAUUUGAUACAGUGCACGCCGUAACAUUUCAACAUUGUAAAGCACUUAGAAGCAAAGUUAGGGUUUAAAGAAACUGUAAAAAUGCAUCCCAUUUAACUUUUAUGUGCGCCUCCUCACAGUUUCAUCGCGUAAAAGCACAAUUACGGAUUUUUCCACAAAUAUGGCUGACAUACAAUCCUUGUGCAGUGACACACUGAGAAAAAUCUGCUCACUAGACACUUGACAAAUGUAGCCAACAUUCAUGGUUCGUACAGGGGUAAACUCUUUGGGGAAAAACAAAACAAAACGUACCACUCCACAAAUAUGGCCACCAUUCAUGCUUCAUGCAGUAACACACUGAAAAAGAAAAAAUGUCUCUUAACACUACAAAUAUGGCUGUCACACACACGAAUGACAGCAUCACAAAAAACAAACAACAACAACAAAAAUCACACAGCGACAAAGAGUGUAGUGACGCAAUACAGAAAAUGUCCUCCAAUAAAACACUCCACAAAUAUGGCUGACAUACAUGGUUUGUGCAAUGACACUCUUGGAAAAAGUCACUCAGCAACAUACUCCACUAAUAUGGCCGACAUACAUAAUUUGUGCAGGAACUCUACAGAAAAGGUUCUGUAAAAACACACUCCACAAAUAUGGCCGACAUGUGUUGUUCAGUGUCGCACUAAAAGCAGUCUCACGGCCAGCGACAGAUUCCACAAAUAUGGCCGAUAUAUACACAUUCUGUAGUAACAUACUCCACAAAUAUUGCCGACAUGAAUGUCCUGUCCAAAGACACGUGCCACAAAGAUGGCCGACAUACAUACAUUAGGCACUUACACAGAGAGAGUCCCGCCGCAACGCACUCCACAAAUAUGGCCGAUAUACACAAUGAUGUAUUCCAGAGGGGAAAAAAAAAAAAAAAAAAAAAAAAUCACACGCGCCACAAAUAUGGCCGAAAUACAGACCAUGCUUACAUAUAUUUCCAUUGUUUCAAAGAAGUUAUGCUUGUUUAUUGCCUUUGUCUUGUUAGCAAUUUUUUUUGGACCACGCACACAAAAACAUUUUGUUUUCAGUGCGCCUGCUUCAAAAGCGGCCAGAGUGACCUUCUGUGUGAAUUGGUGGCCUUUUUUCCCCAGCAAAUUUCACACUGCGCUCACAGCGGCGAAUUGAUUUUCUUGAGCUUUUUCUAUAGCGUCUGCAGCCACGCAAUCUAUAGGUGGUGAACCUGCGCAAGGGCUUUUAGCAUUGACUGCUGCCGAAUGCUUUGAUUCGUACAUAUUUCCAGUAGCCCACUAUGUACUGUACGUGGCACUGAGUGUUUUUAUGUGAUGCACAUUCAAGGCCUUGUGGUCAGAAAUGUCUCCUGGCAACAAAGACAAGGAAUCAAAGUCAUGUAACGUACGGCCCACUCCAUUCUUUAAGUAUUUAUUUAAAAUGAUCAAUAAUUCUGUAACAUUUAUGCAUUUAUGUAGUUGUUUUUUUUCUAUUUGUUCAUUAAAAUAUAUAUUCCUAAAUAAGAUGAAAAUAAAAUGAAAAAAUAUGAUGAAUAUAUUUUUUACAUUUACUAUUUUUUUUUUUUGUAAAUUGUUUUGUUACUUUUUGGAAAAUGAUACAUUUUAUAUAUGCAUUUAACAUUUCUUAAAUUGUGUUAACUUAAUUUAUUGUAAAUGAUCAAAUGGAAACAUGUUAGUAAAAUAAACAAUUUUUUUUUUUUUAGCUCUAAUCCCAACCCAUCUGGCCUUUAUAAAAAUCAAAAGUGGCCCUUACAUCCACCCCUGGGGUACACCUUCACUGAACUCUUCAUUAGGUACACCUGUGCAAUGUAAUCCAUCCAAACGUGCAGAAAUGUAACAGUAGCCACGUUGAGUGAGGCCUGCAGUCACGACUCAGCUUCAUUGUGUGUGUGUGUGUGUGCAUCCGCUUGUGUAAUGUGAUGCAGAGCUCCCGUGUCUUCUUCCUCAAGCCUCGCGAAGAUGACGGACCAUUAGAAAGGUUCUCUGCUGCAUGGGCAUUUUGUAUUGAUCACACUGACUUAACCAUCAUAGCCAGUGAUCCCAUUACGAAGUGUCGUUGGCCACAUGCAUGUGCGCGCACACACCCAGACACACACACACACACACACACACAGCUGAUGUCAGCAUAGUGGCGGGCCAAGCGUCCUAAUAACCUAACGUUCCCCUCUGUGCAGUAACACAUUCAACAAACAUGGCCGACAUACGUGCAUUGUGCAAUGGUGCGCGCCACAAAUAUGGCAUCUUCAAAGUUUUGGAUGUGUCGCUACUUUAUGAUCUAGAGAUAUUUUAUUUAGGAGCAGAGGAACGAUACUUGGACUGCGGGCUUAUUUUAUUAUUAGUUAAUUUGAUUUAGUUCACUUUUAUCAUUAUUAUGAAUGGUGUCUUGUUUGUAUCGAGUCCAUAGAAUGUUGCAACCACUCACAUAUAAAUGAAACAAAAUAAAAUAACAUGAAUUAAAGCAAAGUAAAAUAAUAGUAAUACUUGAAUUCAAACAUUCAUUCAUUCAUUCAUCUUCCAUUCCGCUUCUCCUCACUAGGGUUGCGGGUGCUGGAGCCUAUCCCAGCUAUCAUCGGGCGAAAGGCGGGGUACACCCUGAACUGGACGCCAGCCAAUCGCAGGGCACAUAGAAACAAACAACCAUUUGCACACACAUUCACAAUUUACGGGCAAUUUAGAGUCUUCAAUUAACCUACCAUGCAUGUUUUUGGAAUGUGGGAGGAAACCGCAGUGCCCGGAGAAAACCCACACAGGCACGGGGAGAACCUGCAAACUCGACACAGGUGGGGCUGGGUUUUGAACCCCAGUCCUCAGAACUGUGAGGCAGAUGUGCUAACCAGUCGCCCACCGUGCCGCCUGAAUUCAAACAGAAAAAUGUAAAAUAUCAAUUUAUAAAAUGAAAAAUAAUUAUAAUAAAUGUAAAUAAAAUAGUAAUAAAAUAGUUAUAAAUUCUAAAAUAAAAAUAAAUACUAAAUAUAAAUACAAAAGGAAAAAUAAUUGUAAUAAAUUAAAAUUAAAUAGGAUUAAAAAUGGUAAUACAAAUGAUAAAAUGUACAAAUAAAAAUACAAAACAAUACAGUACGAAAAAUACAAACGUACAAAUAAAUACAUUGAAAAUAAUCGUAAUAAAAUUAAAAUAUAAAUAUUACAAGUAUAAAUAAAAUAGUAAUUGAAAAUUGCAAUUAAUAUUAAGUGAAUAAAUACAUAUAUAUAUAUAUAUA